CUGUGGGCGGGCUGAGCACUCACAGAGGGAAGUUCAAGAGUCGGCGAAAAGUGUUUGUUUUCGCAAAAACUAAAGAAAAAGCACACAAAGUUAUUAUUUACUGAAGAAGACGUCACUAUUGUUUAGGGAGAUAUAAACAAAUCACCAUCAGAUCAUGUCUCAGAAGCAGAUUUACUACUCUGACAAAUACGACGACGACAUAUUUGAAUACAGGCAUGUUAUGCUUCCUAAGGAUAUCGCCAAAAAAGUUCCCAAGACCCAUCUAAUGUCCGAGACAGAGUGGAGGAACCUGGGUGUUCAACAAAGUCAAGGAUGGGUUCACUACAUGAUUCAUCAGCCUGAACCUCACAUCCUGCUUUUCCGACGUCCUCUGCCUGCAGUCCAGUCCAAGUGACUCCAGAACAAUUAGAAAUGCAACAAAACUGUAAAGAAUGGACACAGUGAGAUGACUGAUGUGCUGGGUGUACCUCAGAUCAGAUCCUUUUGCUGUUCUUGGUCUUGCCUUAACGAAGAUGGAUUUAAGCACAGUGUCUUGCUGCUUCUAUAUUUAUUAUAUAACUCUUUUUUUUUAUACUUGAGUUGAGAAACACUUCACUUCUUAUUUUAUAGUGGCGGGCCUGUUAACUACAAAGUCUGGAUGUAGUGAAACCUGUGUUAUAAAGUGCACAGUUUAAAUAAAGUAUUGUGUAUAGAAAAAUUCUUUAAAUAACAAAGAUACUGUUGUACCAACAUGUGCUUCUGUUUUCAUACUAGUAAGUGAAUUUAUUUGGUAUUUUUUACCAAUUAAAGUAUUUCAUAAUGUAAUUUGGAUGAAUAUUGAAGUAAUUCUGACCUUGCCUGUGAAAACCCAGCUGAAGUCAUUUUUGUGUGAUUUAUUUUUCUACAUGAAAUCCUACAUAAUGUAAAGAACAUUCUGUGAAAAUUUAACAUUGAUUUCUUUAAUAUUGACUAAGUGCACGUCAAUGUGAAAUUAAACUUUGAUGCUGCAAAUCUCAAUAUUAGAUUGAGACUUUAGCCUGGAUUUUUUUUACAGACAAGGUCACAAUUUUUAGCACAUAUCACAUUGAAGAUUUUAGCAUAUUGUUUAAAGAAAUGCUUUUCAUGUGAAAUUAUUUGAUUUAAUUGGUCUCUUCAAGUAUCAUUUAACCCGGUAAUGUACAUUUUAGAAUAAUCAAUGAUAUUGCAGGUCAGCAGCAGAGCUCAGUUCAGAUCUGAUAUUUCUAGAUGUAGGUGUGUGAUGUGCAACACUUUAAUGUUUCUUGUUUCUAGGCUUGUAUAAAUGAGUCCGGUAAUGGAGUAGUCAACUUCUUUAUUCCCUAGCUCUCGUGAAUGUGCAUACAAAUGCUUCCCAGAAGCCAAUGUUUAUAGUUUAAAAACUUUCAAAUGUAAAUGUUUCUUUUACACAAACCCAUCAUUUAGCUUCAUAACAUUAAUAAACAUUUAUUAAUAAA